CUCCUAUUUUGGGACAGCUCCACUUGUGACUCUCGUCUCGGCGUCCAUUCGGCGAUCGUAUCAUCGGCGAGGAACCGCUGUGAUCAUUGAGCAAGAAGCUCCACAAUAGGAGACUUGGGAAUGAAAAUGGAGCGCGGGCCUAGCUACGCGGAGUAUGAGGACGGCGCACCAGUAAACGUGACUAACGGGGCGCUCGCAUCCAGCUCCGGGGGACUGACUAAGCGCGUCAACAUGCCCACCACCACGGGGCGCAUUAUGGACCGCAAGGACACGCUGUUUAAGCGCUCCAAGGGCCAGUGGAACUUUGUGACGUUGUGCCUGCAGUAUUCGUCGCAAGAAGGUGCCCCACUACUGGAAGCUUUACAUGCAGGACCCGUUCCAUUCGGUCGUCAACAUGCGGCUGAGCAAAGUGCUUGGGUCGCUAGUGUUUGCGUAUCUCGUGGUGCUCACAACGUUCGGCGCGCUGUACAUGACGCCGUCCGACGAGUGCAAACUGGCCGUCCACACCUUCUUCGACGGUUUCUCCUUCUCUGUCUCAGUGCUCUUCACCAUCGGCUUCGGUACCAACGGUGGCGACGUCUUCUUCGGGCGAUGUGUUUGGGUGCAGACGAUCAUCACCCUCGAGUCGUUAAUGGGAAUUUUGCUCGAUGCCCUGGCCAUCGGAAUCAUCUUCCAGCGGUUCUCACGUGCGCAGGCUCGUGCCAAUACUAUUGUCAUGAGUACGCACGCUUGCGUCCGUCGUAUCCGCGGCAACCUGUACUUCAUGUUCCAGGUGUGCGAAAUGCGCAAGCACCAGCUAGUGGAAGCUCAUGUUCGCAUGUACGCGGUCCGCCACGACGUGGAGUUUGGCGAACACUACUAUUUCCAGUCGUACCCGAUGCGUAUCCAGCACCCUGAUGACGAUCUUGGAGGUAUGAUGCUUCUGGCUCUGCCGUCCGUUGUUGUCCAUCGCAUGGACGCCUGGAGUCCGCUGCUGCGGCCUAAGAGCGUCGAGACUUGUGGGCUGCAUCACAACCCUGCGAGAGGAUACCUGUUCCCAGAGCCUCUGUGUCGUGAGGCCGACGCUCAAAGCGGAGAUCGCGACGCCUCAGUACAGGUUGACCAGGCCACCAACCCAGUGCACAACACGUGCCGCUGCACUACCGGAAACGCUGCUAUGGGCGACGUGCAUGCUGCCACGCAGCCACCGACCAUCGAGGAGAUCAAGCAGUACUGGGACGAGUCACAGUUGGAGGUUGUGGUGCUUGUGGAAGGUAUCGACGCUGUCACGUCGGCGACAAUUCAGGUUCGGCACUCGUACAAGGCAGAGGACAUUUUGUUUAACCACCGCCAUGCCAACUGUGUGGACGUGGACCCGGAGACUGGUGGAGCUGUGAUCGACUUCCGUCGCUUCCACGAGACGAAACCUGUGGAUUCCGAAUGUAACAAGGUCGCUGGCAGCUUCUACUAACAGCUCGAGCUGCUGUAGUUAAAGUGAAUAAAGCUGCGUUGUGUACCUGAUAAAUUCAUACUUUAGAUCACCUCGUGUUAUUUUGCUUUCCAACGAUUGCGUUGCCGUGUCAGGAACAUGGAGACACC